GCCAUUAAAGACAUGGAGGAGCUGGCUAGAGAGAGCAUCAGCUUGCUAGCAAAGCCAUCUCUGGAGUCUGAUAGUCCCCAGCUUUCCUCAUUGGGUGCCAUCUUCAUCUUGCUAAAAUCUGCCCUUGGAGCAGGACUCCUGAACUUCCCCUGGGCCUUUAAUAAAGCUGGUGGAAUGGCCCCAGCGAUCUCUGUGGAACUGGGAUCUUUGAUAUUCCUCAUUAGCGGCUUAGUAAUCUUGGGUUAUGCUGCUUCCAUCAGCACUCAGACAACCUACCAAGGUGUGGUGAGAGAAAUCUGUGGGUCAGCUAUGGGCAAGCUUUGCGAAGUGUGCUUCAUCUUGAACCUCUUCAUGAUCUCCGUGGCCUUCCUCAGAGUUAUGGGAGAUCAACUAGAAAAAUUAUGUGACUCUUUCUCUCUCAACGAAACCCUGAAUGGAGACACUUUUCAACAGCCUUGGUUUAUUGACCAACGUUUCACCUUGUCCACCUUGUGCCUCCUGGUUAUUUUCCCGCUCUCCAUUCCAAGACAAAUUGGCUUCCAAAAAUAUACAAGUAUCCUUGGUACUUUAGCUGCCUGCUACCUGAUGCUGGUCAUUGUGCUGAAAUAUUAUCUCCAGACUGAUCACGCUGUUAAGCAGGAACAUCUCCAUUCUGCUAGCUCUUGGGCUUCCAUGUUCAGCGUUGUCCCAACCAUCUGUUUCGGAUUUCAGUGUCAUGAAGCCUGCGUGGCCAUCUACUGCAGCCUGAGCGAUAAGAGACUGUCCCACUGGGUGGUGGUUUCUGUGAUGUCCAUGCUCUUCUGUUUGUUGAUAUACUCCCUGACAGGUUUGUAUGGCUACUUAACAUUUGGAGCUGACGUAGCAGCGGACAUCCUAAUGUCCUACCCUGGAAAUGAUGUGAUGGUUAUUGUAGCCCGGCUGUUAUUUGGCAUCUCCAUUAUCACCAUCUACCCCAUUGUCCUUUUCCUAGGAAGGUCCGUCCUCCAAGAUGUGUGCCUCGGCUCCAAGCAGGGUUGCAUCCAGAUGGAGAUCAGCGAAAAAUGUAUGCGCAUUUUGCUGACCACUGCCUGGGUGGUGGUCACCCUCAUCAUUGCCCUGUGUGUACCUGACAUCAGUGAGGUGGUCAGCGUCAUUGGAGGCAUUGGGGCCUUCUUCAUCUUCAUUUUUCCAGGGCUGUGUUUGGUGUUUGCAAUGGAGACGGAAUCCUUCAGGCCAAGAACCAAGUCCUGCCUAAUUGCCUGGGGAAUAAUCACCGUCUUUUGUGGAGCUUUUAUCUUUGGGCAAAGCACAGCAUCUGCCGUCAUGGUCCUAUUGCACAAACUCUAGCCAAAGUCAUCAGCCAAGGUGAUGUUGCCUCCAAGAGACACUCUUCUUCACAGCUGGACUAUUGUGAUGCAAUGCUCCCUGUCACCGGCAGAUGCAGUAAAAUCUCAGUUGAACAGGCAUAAUUUUAGCAGACUUUGGAAGCAAAGAAUUCCAAAAAAAUUCAGCACUUUCGGCAUUUAACAAACCAAACAUUGUCCACCACAUUGCAAAUAAUCCAGACAAUUGAUGCUGCUGCAGUGAUUCACGCUGUAAAAUUCAUAUCAGUUGCAUCAUUAUACACAAUGGUGCCAAUGUAAUGAAAAUGACAUCAUGGAAAAGACGUAGUAUUGACAGAACCCCCUUCCUUAAAUGGCCCAUUAAACUGAGAUUUUGCUACACUGAACAUCUGGUUGUAAUUUAACUCAUAUUCUAU